AUGUCGCCGCUACUCUCGACCCUGCACAGGCGACUGCUGGUCAAGAGUGUCGAUCAAGAUGGCAACGAGCGACCUGUAGAGACUCUCGACAAUGACUCCAUCCGACCCACUCGCGCGAAAGAUCGGACAUGGACGCAGUUCACCUACGUGAUGUUCUGGUUCUCGGCCGUGGCCAACGUCAGCAACCUCUACGCCGCCUCCACGGGUAUGACCAUGGGAUUGACCAUGUGGGAGAGCAUCGCGUGUACCUUCGGCGGGCAGUUCAUGGCAGGAUGUCUCAUGGCGAUCAACGGGCGUGCAGGGGCCAUGUAUCGCAUCCCGUAUCCAGUGCUCUGCCGCUCGAGCUUCGGGGUCUGGGGUGCGCUGUGGCCGACCCUCAAUCGCGCGGUCAUGUCUAUUGUGUGGAACGGGGUUAACAUGACCCAGGGCGCGCAGUGUCUAUAUGUGUUCCUCCAUGCUAUCUUCCCCUCAAUCGCGCAUAUUCCGGACAAGAUGGGACCAAAGUCGGCUCUGACAUCGGCGCAAAUGAUCUGCUUUGUGCUCGUCUAUAUCAAAGUGGUUGUCUACUACGCCGGGGCCUUGGCCAUGCUGGCAUGGGUUGUGGCACUCGCAGGGGGAUCGCCAGCCGCUCUGCGGGCGUCCUCGUCUGUGCGCGGAGCGGAGAAGAGCUGGCUGAUCUGCAAAUUCCUGUGGUUGGGCCUCGCCAGCUGCGGCACCUUUAUUUCGAAUGCAGCGGACCUGCAGCGAUAUGCGCGCCGGCCCAGCGACGUGCUUGUGGGACAGAUCAUCAGCUUCCCGUUGUCUGGGCUUUUGGUUGCGGUGCUGGGCAAUGUGAUUGCCGGGUCGAGUGAGAGCAUAUUCGGAGAGCUCAUCUGGAACCCUCUCAAUUUCCUCGACAAGUUGAUGGAUGGCGACCGUUACACCCAUGGCAACCGCACCGCCUGCGCCUUUAUAUCCCUUGCCUUCAUCUACUCUACUGUUUUCUCCGCCAUCUUCGAGAACUCCAUCCCAGCAGGCAACGAUAUCGCCGCCCUUUGCCCCCGCUACAUAACCGUCAAACGGGGCUUCUUCAUCUGCGCCAUCCUCUCAUUCGCAAUCUGCCCAUGGUACCUCCUAGCGACCGCCUCUAUCUUCAUAACCUUCCUCUCUUCCUACCAAAUCUUCCUCUCCGCCAUCGCGGGGAUCCUGAUCUGCGACUACUACCUAAUCCGGCGAGGCCACCUACACAUCCCGGAACUCUACACCGCGGAUCCCGCCGGCAUCUACUACUACCUCUAUGGGAUUAACCUCCGCGGUUUCGGGGCGUACGUGAUCGCCAUCGCGCCGAAUUUUUAUGGGUUCCUGUCGCAGAUGGGGGUGUCUGCGCCGCUGGGGAUCCAGCGGUUCUAUUUCGUCGCGUAUCCCGUGGGGUUGCUGAUUGCGUUUGCGGUGUUUGCGGGGAUGUGUUGGAUUUGGUGGCCCAGAGGGGCGGAGAGGGUGGGCCUUGGGGCUGGGUGGAAGGAGCCUGAGGAUUAUUGGGAUGAGUUUGAUGAGGCUGUCACUGCUGCUCGUGAUGGUGUGGUGGAUGCAUGGUAG